AUGCCGAAGCUCAUCUCAGAAGCGGGCCCCGGGCGUAGAAGGGAGCGACUCCCGUGGUGGGGUCGCCAGCGCCUCGCUCUUCCUGCUCCUCGUCCGCACUGGCCCGAUGGGCCGACCUGCUGCCUGGACUCAGCGCUUCUGGGGGGCUGCCUGGGCUGGGCCACCUGCUGCUCCGGGCUCCUCCCGCGGCCCCGCCCCUCCGGGCCCCGCCCCUCCGACGCCACGCCCCUCCGCGGCCCCGCCCCUCCGACGCCACGCCCCCUCCGCGGCCCCGCCCCUCCGACGCCACGCCGCGGGCUGCACGCUCUCUCCCAGCCCAACCGCCGCCUUCCCCAUCGCCGCCGCCGCCUGGCCGCUGCUGGCGCCCCGGCAGCCCCCGGCCCGGCAGUCUCCGCCCGGCAGCCUCCGCCCGGCAGCCCCCGACCCAGCAGCCUCCGCCCGGCAGCCUCCGCCCGGCAGCCCCCGCAGUCUCCGGUGGGGCAGCCUCCACCGCCUGCCCUGCGCGCCGCCUGCUGGAAGGGGCUUGACCCCUGGACCCCGAGAUCACCCCCCAGCCGAAGCAGAGGCUUAACCAGACGGAGUCUCCCAGGAUCUGCUGUGGAAACAACACAAGAAAAAACGAGCAGACAACCCGGGGACACCUGCCCUGGAACGCGGGGGAAAAUAUUUACCAUCUUCUGUAGCAGAGAACUUGACCCAUCAGCGGAGAUCCCAGAGGGAUCUGCUGUGGAAACAACACAAGAAAAAACGAGCAGACAACCCGGGGACACCUGCCCUGGAACGCGGGGGAAAAUAUUUACCAUCUUCUGUAGCAGAGAACUUGACCCAUCAGCGGAGAUCCCAGAGGGAUCUGCUGUGGAAACAACACAAGAAAAAACGAGCAGACAACCCGGGGACACCUGCCCUGGAACGCGGGGGAAAAUAUUUACCAUCUUCUGUAGCAGAGAACUUGACCCAUCAGCGGAGAUCCCAGAGGGAUCUGCUGUGGAAACAACACAAGAAAAAACGAGCAGACAACCCGGGGACACCUGCCCUGGAACGCGGGGGAAAAUAUUUACCAUCUUCUGUAGCAGAGAACUUGACCCAUCAGCGGAGAUCCCAGAGGGAUCUGCUGUGGAAACAACACAAGAAAAAACGAGCAGACAACCCGGGGACACCUGCCCUGGAACGCGGGGGAAAAUAUUUACCAUCUUCUGUAGCAGAGAACUUGACCCAUCAGCGGAGAUCCCAGAGGGAUCUGCUGUGGAAACAACACAAGAAAAAACGAGCAGACAACCCGGGGACACCUGCCCUGGAACGCGGGGGAAAAUAUUUACCAUCUUCUGUAGCAGAGAACUUGACCCAUCAGCGGAGAUCCCAGAGGGAUCUGCUGUGGAAACAACACAAGAAAAAACGAGCAGACAACCCGGGGACACCUGCCCUGGAACGCGGGGGAAAAUAUUUACCAUCUUCUGUAGCAGAGAACUUGACCCAUCAGCGGAGAUCCCAGAGGGAUCUGCUGUGGAAACAACACAAGAAAAAACGAGCAGACAACCCGGGGACACCUGCCCUGGAACGCGGGGGAAAAUAUUUACCAUCUUCUGUAGCAGAGAACUUGACCCAUCAGCGGAGAUCCCAGAGGGAUCUGCUGUGGAAACAACACAAGAAAAAACGAGCAGACAACCCGGGGACACCUGCCCUGGAACGCGGGGGAAAAUAUUUACCAUCUUCUGUAGCAGAGAACUUGACCCAUCAGCGGAGAUCCCAGAGGGUAACAUGAAAAUUGAUUCAUUAAAUAACCUCAAGAAAUCUUGUUAGGGGCACCUGGGUGUU